CGCCGCCGCCGCCGCCGCCACCGGGGCGCCCGGUGCUGAAUGGAGGCGAACGCUGCGUCCACGCCCGCGACGGGCGGCGCCACGUGCUGCGUGUCCGCGGAGGAGACGGAAAAGUGGAUGGAGGAGGCGAUGCGCAUGGCCAAAGAAGCCCUUGAAAAUAUUGAAGUUCCAGUUGGUUGCCUUAUGGUCUACAACAAUGAAGUUGUGGGGAAGGGACGAAAUGAAGUUAAUCAAACUAAAAAUGCUACUCGACAUGCAGAAAUGGUGGCCAUCGACCAGGUCCUAGACUGGUGUCACCGAAGUGGCAAGAGUUCUGGUGAAGUUUUUGAGAACACUGUGCUGUAUGUCACUGUGGAGCCAUGCAUCAUGUGUGCAGCAGCCCUCCGCCUCUUGAAAAUCCCACUGGUUGUCUAUGGCUGUCAAAAUGAACGGUUUGGUGGUUGUGGCUCUGUUCUGAACAUUGCCUCUGCUGACUUACCAAAUACUGGGAGACCAUUUCAGUGCCUUCCUGGAUAUCGGGCUGAGGAAGCAGUGGAAAUGUUAAAGACCUUCUACAAACAAGAAAACCCAAAUGCGCCCAAAUCAAAAGUUCGGAAAAAAGAAUGUCAGAAAUCUUGAACUUAUUCUGAUGAAGGACUAAUGUCCCAGAGUGACCUGGACAAAACACUUGGACAUCAUUGAAUCAAAUGUUUAUAUAUUGUUGUUAAUCUCUGGGAAAUGGUAUAUCUCAUCACUUACUCUGUUAAGGAAACAAAUUGGCACUUUUCGAAAGGCUGACAAUUGUAAACAUCUGAAAGGACAUUUUGAGAAGUGGGAAAAUCAACAUUGAGGUUUUAGAAGUCAGCAAACAGUGCCUGCCUUUACAGCCAUAGCAUGUACAGUCCAGAGGAGGGCUGACUCUCCAGAGAGUGUGCAUCCAGACCCAGUGACGUGGCAUGCGUCUAUGUUGGAGUGUGCUAUGCCGUGGACAUGUUCCCAUGACUGUCAUUUCAUUGUCUGGUCUCCAUUUGCAGCUGCUAUGUUCUCCCAAGGAACUGGGAGCCUGUGACUUCUGUACAUAUCAGGAUUAUAUGGUCCUUGAUUUUUUAAAAUAAAGCAUUUGAAUAAAAUGCAUACUUUGUAUUCUUCUUAAAUUUUAAUUUAUUGCUAUAAUAAACCUACU